CACACGCCUCAGCAACACCCACCCUCCACGCUCCACUCCUCUUUGCCUCACUUAUCUGCCGCUCUCGCAUACCCCUCGCCCGCCGCGCCAACACUCCUUUCGCGUCCUCACACUCACACACGCCGCUGCGCCGCCUGCUCCGUCUUACGCUCCUGGCCGAGCCGCACCCUCUCGCCGCUGGCAACACACCUUCUCCUGAGCUCAGCGCCAUGCACGCCCACAAGCUGCUGCACGUCACGCUGCUCCUCGCCGCCGCCGCCUCGCUCGGCGCCGCGCUCGAGGCGCCGCCGGCGCGCAUGGAGCGGCGCAUCGCUCCUGGCCAUGUCCGCCGCGCACCGGCACCCGCACCGACGCCGCAGGGCUUCGGCGGCAUCUUUGGGCCCGGCGCCUCGUCCACGGCCGGCACUGACACGGCAUCGACGGCCGCGCCGACGACCACGUCGGCCACCGUGGACACGUCGGCCUCGGCCGCCGCCGCCUCGAGCUCCUCUGCCGCCGCCGCCGCCUCGGAGUCCUCGGCCGCCGCCGCGUCGCAGUCGUCGGCGUCGCGCGCGUCUGCCUCGUCUGCCUCGGCCCAGGCGGCAUCUGCGUCGGCUGCGUCUGCUUCCAGCGCUUCGGCAGCCUCCGCCGCAGCCUCCUUCUCCUCGGCGCAGGCCGCGCUGCUCACCUCGACCAACUCGGCCGGCCAGACGCUCACGCUCACCAGCACCGUCGCCGCGCCCGAGGCCACGUCGGCCACCGCCACGGGCAGCGCCGACGGCUCGGGCGGCGGCGGCCACCUGCCGCUCAUCAUCGGCGUCUCCGUCGUCGGCGGCUGUGCCGUGCUUGGCGCGCUCAUCUUCCUGUGGAUGAAGUUUGGCGGCAAGCGCUUCAGCGACUACCAGGAGGACGACGCGGACAUCAAGUGGCCCGAGCUCAAGGCAGACGGCGACUCGGCGGCGAUGCAGCCGCUGCCGGCACGGCGCACGGGCGGCGCCGGCUUCGACAUGGGCGACGACUCGGACAUGGGGCACGAUGCCGACGGGCGCAGCAUGCACGAGUACGGCGCAAAGGCACGCGACAGCUUCACCGCCUCGAACGUGGCGCUCACGACGGGUGGCAGCAUGUACGGCGCCGGCGGUGCGGGCAUGGGCUACGAUGACGGCUACGGGCAUCAGCAGCCGACAGGCUACUACGACAGCCAGUACGGCGGCGCGUACGGCGCCAGCGGCGCCGCGCCGCAGCACUAUUACUCCGAGCAGCAGCACGCCGGCGCAUACAACGAGAGUGCCUACGGCGACCCCAACGCCAGCUCGUACCACCACUCGCAGCCGCCGCACGACGGCUACUCGGAGCAGCACGUGCCGAGCGCCUACACGCCCGGCAGCCCGCCGCAGGCCUCGUACGGCCAGCAGCACGCGGCGCCCAGUGCUGGCAUGCACAACCCGUACCACUGAGCGAGCGGCAGUGCCUCGUCUGCGCAGCGCCAGCUGGUCCUGGCGUGGCGUUGGAAGAGCCGCCUCUCUGCUUGUGUCUCGGAAGAGCAUCGCCGUGCAGCACCUCGGACGCUUUCUCCUCGUGUCCCACGGACUUCCUCUCCCUCUCACCUGCUCCCGUCUUACCCGACCUCCAACCCCGCUCUUCAUUCUCCUGUCUUGGCGUGCGGGUGUGUCUACAGUGACGAGUAACAGUAAUCCGAUACGCCACUGCGCCAUGAAGCGAGC